CCUUUAAAAACAGCUAUGUGCUUUUUACAAGGAGUAGUUUCCAAGUUCAGUCUGAAGGCAGACCGGCACGUUACAGGCUCCUUAGUUUGCCAGCAGCGUUACCCAAUGACUCGAGGAGGUGUGAGCUCCCUCAGCCCACAUUUGUUGGAUGUUAACGACACUGCGAGUCAUCUCGAAGAAGGGAGGAGUGAGUGGCAAGUGGAGCCUGCAAGAUGGAAUUGGGAGCCUGGCCAAGAGCAUGCUGUUCCCAAAAGACGGAGGUGCUGGUCCUGUGCCUUCUGUCCAUGCUCUUCUGCUGCUGAUCCUGUGGGCUGGUGUUCGCUGGAGCCUUCUGCCGACGAGAGCAACAGCAGCGGGCGGAGGAGUUCUUCCAGCAGGGAGUGUUUGAAGAGGAGCCCACGGAGCCCAAAAGCAGAGGGCUCCGACUCGGUGACAUCUCAGUCCUCACCCAGUGAGGAGGCUGGAAUGAUGACUGAAGUGAAAGUCAAAACAGAAGUACCAGAUGACUACAUCGAAGAGGUGAUCUGGCAGGAUGACACCAAAGAUUCCAAGAAGAACAUAAAAGAUGGUCCAGGAGACGUUCCUGCAGAGAUCUGCGUGGUCAUAGGUGGGGUCCGCAACCAGCAAACGCUCGAUGGCAAAGCAGUGGAACGUGGCUCUCCUGUUGGAUAUACACGAAAUCGAUAUUCAGGGACCUGGAUUUUUGACCAUGCGUUGAGAUACACGUCUGGGUCGUACGAGUGUGGAAUAUGCGGGAAGAAAUACAAGUACUACAACUGUUUCCAGACCCACGUGCGGGCACAUAGAGACACUGAAGCUGCCUCAGGUGAAGGAGCCUCUCAAGGCAGUGCCCCUCUGGCUGCGGAAAGGGAGAAGAAGCCUCUCUCCAGAGCUGUCUUUCUGCUGCCCUGGGUGGAAUCCACAGAAACAAACAAUUUUAGGUACACGUGUGACAUUUGUGGAAAAAAAUAUAAAUAUUAUAGCUGCUUUCAAGAGCACAGAGACCUCCACGCCGUGGAUGUUUUUAGUGUGGAAGGGGCCCCAGAAAACCGGGCAGACCCUUACGACCAGGCCGUCAUAGCAGCAGAUGAAGUGAAGGAGGAAGAGCCAGAACCAUUCCAGAAGAUUGGUCCAAAAACUGGCAAUUACACCUGCGAGUUCUGCGGCAAGCAGUACAAAUACUACACUCCCUACCAAGAACACGUGGCGCUGCACGCACCUAUCAAGUUCUCUCGAUCUCCACUCUUCGUGGCAGUGAAGACACAGGCGAGCCAAUCCAGCAAAAAAACACCGGCUUCAAUAAACCGAUGUUCUACCCUCCUGCACCGCACCCCCUCCGGUGUCCCACCGGCAUCCCAAUCCCAGAUGUUCCGCGCUCCAAAUUCUGGAUCCCCAGGAAGCAAGGCCAUUACAGCAGAAAGUGCUUUCAGCAGGAGAGUGGAAGGCAAAGUGCAAAACAACUUUGAAGAAACGAACAGCAAUUCUCAGAACUCCAGCGCUGUACAUUCGGGGACAGAAAAACCUAAAGAAAAGCGAUGUAAGCAGAACCCAUCAGAGCCUUACACCUGUGGAGCUUGUGGAAUCCAGUUCCAGUUUUAUAACAAUCUCCUGGAGCACAUGCAGUCCCAUGCAGCUGAUAAUGAGAACAACAUUGCCUCUAGCCAGCCCAGAUCACCUCUAGCAGUUGUUGAAGAGAAGUGGAAACCACAGCUCCAAAGAAAUAACACCAACAACACAUCUGCGAGCGGUUCGGUAGGGAACAGCGCGAUUCCAGAGAAGGAGCGGCAGAACAUUGCCGAGAGGCUUCUGAGGGUGAUGUGCACUGACCUUGGGGCUCUGAGUGUGGUGAGCGGGAAGGAGUUCAUCAAGCUUGCACAGACCCUGGUGGAUAGUGGAGCUCGCUAUGGUGCCUUCUCUGUCACCGAAAUCCUUGGCAAUUUCAACACACUGGCUCUGAAGCAUUUGCCUCGGAUGUACAACCAAGUGAAGGUAAAAGUCACCUGCGCCCUGGGCAGCAAUGCUUGCCUUGGCAUCGGUGUCACUUGCCACUCGCAGAGCAUCGGCCCCGAUUCCUGCUACAUCCUGACCGCUUAUCAGGUGGAAGGCAACCACAUCAAGAGUUACGUCCUGGGAAUUAAGGGUGUAGACAUUCGAGAUAACGGUGAUUUUAUCCACCACUGGGUACAGAAUGUGCUCUCAGAGUUUGUGAUGUCGGAGAUCAGGACGGUGUACGUCACAGACUGCAAAGUCAAUUCCUCUGCAUUCUCCAAGGCGGGCAUGUGCUUGCGUUGUUCGGCCUGUGCCUUGAACUCGGUAGUGCAGAGUGUGCUGAACAAGCGAACACUACAGGCCCGCAAUAUGCACGAGGUGAUCGAGCUCCUGAAUGUCUGCGAAGAUCUGGCAGGAUCCACAGGCCUCUCGAAGGAGACCUUUGGCUCCCUGGAAGAGACCUCUCCCCCGCCCUGCUGGAACUCGGUCACCGACUCCCUCCUGCUCGUCCACGAGCGCUACGAGCAGAUCUGUGAGUUCUACAGCAGGGCCAAGAAGAUGAACCUCAUCCAAAACCUGAACAAGCACCUGCUCAGCAACCUGGCAGCCAUUCUGGCACCGGUGAAGCAGGCGGUGAUCGAGCUGAGCAACGAGAGCCGGCCCACCCUGCAGCUGGUGCUGCCCACCUACGUCAAACUGGAGAAACUGUUCACUUCCAAAGCUAACGAUGCUGGCGUAGUCAGCAAACUCUGCCACCUCUUCUUGGAGGCGCUGAAGGAGAACUUCAAAGUUCAUUCGGCACACAAGGUAGCCAUGAUCUUAGACCCUCAGCAGAAGCUGCGGCCCGUCCCGCCGUACCAGCAUGAAGAGAUCAUUGGCAAGGUCUGCGAGUUGAUCAAUGAGGUGAAAGAGUCCUGGGCAGAAGAAACAGAAUUUGAACCUUCAACCAAGAAGCCUCGGGCAGCAGGGGAAGCCACAGCAGCUCAGGAAGAAGAUUGGUUCGGGAAAAAUGAAGUCUAUGAUUAUUUGCAAGAACCUCUCUUCCAGGCCACCCCUGACCUCUUUCAGUACUGGUCGUGUGUUACCCAAAAGCAUACAAAACUAGCCAAGCUAGCCUUUUGGCUCCUAGCAGUGCCUGCUGUUGGUGCCAGAAGCGAAUGUGUAAAUAUGUGUGAGCAGGCUCUCUUAAUCAAAAGGAGACGGCUACUCAGUCCAGAAGACAUGAACAAACUCAUGUUUUUGAAGUCCAACAUGCUUUAAGACUGUCUUUUAAUUAAAACAAAACUUUAAAACACUGUUCCAAACAAAGAAUAAGAAUUUUAAGUUCUAAACACUGUGGACCUCAUUAUGAAUGCCCCUGGAAACCAAGUGCUUUUUUAUAUAUAUAUAAAAAUAUAAAUAUAUAUAAAAUUAAGUUUGAAAGGAAAGCUGAGCACGGGAGAGAGACAGCCCUCUGCUGGGAACGUGCUCCUUUCCAUAGAUAGUGUGUGGACUUGACAGACUUUCUAAUGUUUUCAUGUGGGCAGACCAAUGGGAGGCUGAUGUUCUAAAGUCUUCAGGCAGCUGAGAUCUAAAGUGACUUGAAGUUUCUUUUGUUUCUCCUCCACCCUACCUUUCCUCUUGUCCCCUGGGCCAUCUUGCCAUGGAUAAUCAGACUACAUUGAACAGACCAGUUCGGCACUGGACUUUGCUCCUUUGAAUAACUGUACACCUUGAGGGCGUUUGUCUGCAACCUUCUUGACACACUGUGCACGUGAGCAGGGCAGCUGUAUUUUAGAAAUACCGGUAUCCUUAGAAAUCAGGAAGGGAGACUUUGAGGGGUUGUUUGAUUUUUAUUUUAAACUUUUUCAUACAUGAUUUUUCCAAAAACCAGAAGUAACUCUUCCAUCUCACUCCUGGUUUUCAUUUAACAUGGUAGCCAGCGAUUAUAAGUGUGAUUUCAAACUGAGAGAGAUGGUUUGUGGCAGAAAAUGUCUCUAAUUGUUACAUUUCUUGAGGUUUGGUUUUGUUUUUUUUUUACAGCAUAAUUUCUUUUCUGAAUUCCUGGUGUUAAUUAGCUUCUCUGUGAAUUUUGUACAUCAGGGGUUCUCACACUUGUUCCAGAGUAGCCCAUUUGUGAUUAAACAACACCCUAAUGGGAGCCACAGCAGUUGCGCAUAUGGAAAAGCUAGAAACCAGGAAAGGCAAGAAAGUGGUGACAACGCAGAUAUCCGUGGCCACCAGCAGACCUGUGGGGUCUGCCAGCUGCCGCUGAGAACCCCUGUACCUCAACUUUUAGUAAACCUUCUCAGUUCACACACUCGAAAUAACCUUCACAAGGCCAAGGACAAACCAAGGUGUAUGAUUUUUCAGGGGAACAAAGAUCAUCAGUUUUGUCAAACUGGGGUUUGAAGGAAGCUUCGAGAAGUGCAUGGGCUCAGAGAUCCUUCUGAAUGUAAGUGCUCCUGAUAGAGUGCAAAGAAUACCUUCCCGUUGUGUUUGGAAUGGUUUCCUCUAGUGGCACGAAUGUCUUUAUACCUACAGUGCAUUACACUACUUGUUAUGUUGUUCUGGCUAGGAAGGCCACGGGCCCUUAAACGUUCACUCUUAACUGGCUCACCCCAAAUGCAAUUAGAGAUCACCAUAACACAAAACAUCUAAGUCACUCUGCUGUCCACCGAGGCUGGAGCUCUUCUGUGUCCAGUGCCCACAGGCGCAGUCCCUGGUCUGCUGGACAGGAUCUCUGCAGGCUGGCAGGUUUGGAGCCUCUUGGACAAUUCCCACCUUCUGGUGCCAAACUCUUGAGUUUUCAUCACUGAGACUUGGAUUCCAGAUGCAGAUUGAAGUAAAUUCUUAAUUUUAAAGGGUCUCUCCUUCUUGCAGUAGUGUGCUCUGGAGCUGCACAGCAGCAUCGGAGGUGUGGGAGGACAGACUUGGUGGACACUGAGCAGCCAGGCUGGAGGCUGAAGCCCUUCAACAGUGCAGGGGUGUGUUCUGGUUGUUGGCAAUGCAGUGGUGACACUGGGGUCCUCUCUGAAGUGCUGCUGUUGAACCCACCUGGUUGUAACAGAAGUUGCAAGUCCCAAGACAUGAGAAAUGGCAAACCCAGGCUCUCGGGCUUUGUGGGCAGAUGCCUUCACCCCAACAGGCACUGAUCAGCCACUCUGCUGCCGAGGGGCUCAGGCAGGGGAACUCUCCACACAUUGGAGACCUUCUGUGGGUCAGGGGCACUGAUAGCUCUUGGCACUCAGCUGCGCCCUUUUCAGCCUGCAAACAUGACCUACUAUUAGCUUGAGCCUAGCUUUUGGGCUGACCUAUCGGCGCUGUUACUGGCAUCAGGGCAAAACCAGUGUCAUAAAUGUAAUGUUUGCGUAUGGAUAUCUUAACAGGCAGAGUCUGCAACCCCACUGACAACUGCAGGGGCAGCAGCACUUGAAGAUGAGCUGCCACAGAGACACUUGGACAUCUUACUUCCCUGGCAGUGGCAGAUGAGGAUGUUGAUUAUCAGGCAAACUUUUCUUCUUGCUGGUUUUAUUUUCUCCUGCACAAAUCCUGCCUGCCCAGCCACCACUUGGCCACGGUAACACAUCUGUUUGCACUUGCAGUGCAGGAGAAACCUGUAACAAACUUAAGUCUCAAACUACAAAGAAAAAAACCCAAGUGGGAUAAGUGAAGACUGCCAAGUGUUUGCGCUGGGCUGCUGUUCCCACUGCAAAACACAAGGUGUCCUGCAGCGAGAACACUUGGCUGGGGGAUGAAUGUGAAGCCAGAUUAGAGUGUGUCCCAUGUGGCUCAGCUGAUGGGCAGAGCUGGGGGCAGGAUUUGUAGUUCUUUCUCCAAAUGGCAUAUUACACCAUUUUGCUUGGUUUACCUGAGAGCUGCUCGAUGGCUCUUUGAUGCUCAGGUGAACCUGCAAAACGCAUUGCUUGGAAAAGAAAGGUCCAAACCCUUUACUAAGGGACAGGCUGGUAACUUCUGUUGGAUUUGCAAGCUCAGGCUUGUUGCGUUGUCUGCCUGCGAGGCGUUACGGGUGGGGACGUGGACAGCAGAGUGGCACUGGUCUGAAGCUCUGGAACUGAGGAUGAUGUAUACUUGCAGUCAUUUACGCAGCUGUCUGAUGCCAGGCUGUGUGCAGCCGUCAGCCGGACCGUGCCUACACAGCCAGGUCCUGUAAACAGAAAGGCCACGGCCACCUCUAACUCCCAGUUCUUCUCCCCUUCCCCUUUGUACAGUGUGGUUUUGGCAUCAGAUAUGGAGCUUUCUUGCUGUGACAACCAAAGAGAGGGAUUGACGGGCCCUUUCCCCCAUCCCUGUCCCCUCCAAGGUGACUUUGGUUUUAGUUGCACUAAUGAUAGAUAUUAACCAAACAUGCAGUGUUUUCUGGUAGAUAAAAUUCUCCCAAAGACUUGAAAACUCAGCUUAGCAGCUGAAAAAGCAGAGUAAAACCUAAAGCCCUAAAAUGGUGCAACCUAGAAAUUCAGUGAGAAGAGGCCAGCGAGCCAGUGGGAGAAGCUGCAGCUUUUCAUGAUGAAGGGCCUUGCAGUCCUGUCUGAAGAUCCUUAUUACUAGAAAACUGAGAAAGUGGGCUACAAAGGCAGAGCUCUUCAAACCAGAAGGUUCUUUCUAUUGAGUGUGGCAGCCAGAGGGUCCGUGGAGAACAUGGAGCCCACAUUUGUCUCUCAGUCUGUCUCUUUUCCCCAUGUCUCCAGCGGUAGACAGUAGUUGUGUCCUGGUUUGCAAGACAGGCUCAAUGUCUUGUGCCUGGGUCGGUUUUGGAUGGAAGUAAACUUCCCUUUUGGUCAAAGUUGUUUGUCUGUUCUAAGAAAACUGGUUUGGUUGUAUUUGAACUAGUGCAAUCUGGAAACCUUGCUGUGAAAGCCAAGUGCGGGCUCAGGUUUUGUCUAAUUCUGUUAAUUGCUGGUUAAACCAGUUUAACUUUCAGAUUAACUGGUUUAAGCAUCCACAUGAACCAUCUGCACUGGUUUAACUGCGCUUGCUGGACGUUCUCCCUGCUGACCAGUGAAUACGUCCAGAAGCAGCUCAGGGAGCCUUGACCCUUACAUGAAUUUUGCAAAUGAAGUUGUGACAGAUGCUCUCAAAGCUCAGGAGUUACUGAAAAUAGAGGGAGGACACUUCUGAAAGUUGCUUGAGCUCUAAAUUGUGGUAUCUGACUUGAUAACGGCAUUCAGGGAGAUGGAUUGGUUGAUUUGGUUUUGUCAAAGUGCUUGCAAUAACACGGAAGGUUUAGUGUGAGAAGAAAUAACCACAUGUUCACCUUGGUGAUUGAGUCUGCUCAGCCUUACCCCAGCCUGAGGGACCAAUUCCACCCUCCACAUCCCGCAGCAGGAGCAGAGUGUCUGAGACAUUGUGCUUCAUGGAGAACGCUGUGUGUAUUUUGAGCCAGCACUAAGUUCCUGAUCCAUCAAAAGAGCAGCCAGAAAGUUAUCCAAAGGCUGGGAACGCUGCUUUGAGCUGAGGAAGGACUCGGAUCUCUAAUUGCAUCUCUCUGGCUAAAGAAGGUGGAGGGGAGCUCCUGUGAGCAUGCAGAGGGAGCACAUGCAGGUGAGGAAAAAUUGUUCCCUAUGGAAUAAUUAGGAGUAACGGCAUGAAAAAAAAAAAAAAAAGGCACUAAAGGCAGAAUCUGGGAAACUUCUUCAGGGAGGAGAAAUCCGUUAAUCUGGGAGGAGUCUGUUAUGGGAAUGUUUUUGAGCCCUAUCAUUUAAAGACAAAGCUGUACAGCUAUGUGGAGCACACUCUGUAAGGCACAGAGCUGCUUUGGACCUUGCUGAGAGAAAAGAGACUGGGGGUAGAGAUGGGAAAGGACCCCCUGCGUCUUGAGUCCAGUCCUACCUGAUCAGUCCAGGAGGGUUCACAGAGCAUCUUCCUCCGCAUCCUCCCCCUCACUACUGACGCCAAACCUUUCCGAGCACUCCAGUAUUUAGAUGAACCAUAGAGGAGGGAGGGAGCUGAUGGUCAGAAGGAGAGGGCACUGGGUGAGAAGCAAAUGUCCUGCCAACCCUUACACUGCCGAGGUGAACAGAUUGGGGUGGGGGAGAGCACUAAAUGUUUUGCUGCUUCUGCUGUGCAUUUUCUGUGCUACACUAUGAUCUUGAAUCCAUGGGAUCCAUUGGGAAUGCCCAGAAACAUUGGCUGAGACUCAAGGUCCUCUGUCAGAUACUUCCGAAGAUGCCGCCCUGUAGCAAUAAGAACUCCCUUUCCUUGGGCAUGGGACCUGUCCCCGUGCCAUGGGUUGUCAUCUUCCUGGGGCCUCGGGAGACAUCACCAAACACAAUAAACUAAUGAAAACAGGGAGAGGUAACGCCAAGCACAGCUUCUCGUUAGUCCUAUGGGAUAGUUUGCUUAUGCUAGGCCAGAAAUGGUAAACCAAUGAGUGUAUUGCCCUGACAUUUAAUUUUCUGUAUUGAAUGUUUGGAGGUUUUUCUGUUUAACUUGGGUUUUGUUUGGCUGGAUAGUUGGGUUUCUUUCUACUCCUGUUAGAAUCCUUUGUGUGAUACCUUACAGUAGAGUUCUCAUGUUAGACAGUGGUGCACCCAUCGACCUUUCAGGGUUCCAUUGUUGGUAGGCAGUUGAGUUGGAAUUUUCAGAACAGCUUCUGGAAUGAGUCACACAAACGGUUCAUUGACACACAAUAUCCGCCACAGACUGAAAGGGGUUUCUUUUCCCCAUCAUCCUAACGUCACUGGCAGUGGGCGGCAUCCCGGUACUGGGUGAGCACCGGGCUUAAUGACAGGGAUGUUCUACUGUGGAGUUGAGUACAGGCAUGGCAGCCCUUUGCUUUCUACAACCAAAGUUCUUUAAAAAGACCCUUCCAGCCUUUGGUUCUUGUGUCCUAUCUUCUGGUGGUCUCUGCAAUGGGUGGGUAGGAUGAUGGAGUUCUUCCAGGGGCUGGAAGGUGGGAGGAGGGAUAGGGUUGUUUUUUUCUUUCUCUCUAUGGAGAAGGACCUUUCCACUUGGAAGGAGGCAUGGAUUCUAGAAGGAGCAAUGAUCUUAGAAGCUGUUUUCCACAGUUCCUUUAAACUUAUUUCAAUUAUUUAAAAGGAAAACUGGUGACGAAUGACGUGAACCUUUGAGGACAAGUGACAGCCAGGGCUGUGAGUGCAGGAGGAAUGCCCGGUGUCAAGACAGCAAGGAUUCUGGUCCAUGCCAUAGCUAGAAAGUGUCAUGCUGACAACCCAACUCAUCGGGAAAUCCUUGUUUGCAGCCAGUCUGAAAAGAGAAGCUGUUCCUCGUGUUUGGUUUUCAAAACCUCCUGUUGGGAGCUGAAUUCUUGUUGUUUCAUCAGCCAACACUUAACGUUCUCCUUUCCUUCCGCGCUCUCCCUCCCCUCAGUAACGUGUGUGCGUUUCCUUUCUGUAGAUGCAGACGUUCUAGGCAAUACCACAGAUGCACCUGUGUGUGUCUCUACCUGCGAGUGCAAGGAUCUCAUGUCAUCUUAAAAAAUACAAAAAAAAUAUACAAAAAAUAUACAAAAAAUAUCUUUUUUAGGCCAGAGUUUUCUACAGGUAUUAAUGAAUAUUUUUCUUAAUCCUUAUAAGUUUUAUGUGUUUAAUAUUUCUUAAUACCGGUAGCAUUAAUUUAUACUUUUGUAGCAACACAAUAUUUUUAUAAACCGCCACCGCUGGCUUUGUCUUCAUAAUGGGUAAGAGGUGCGGGCAGCUGGCCCCGCGCCGUACCAUGUACUGUAUUUAAAAGGUUAUCUAAUGUCACACUUGCUGUGUUAAUAAACAAAACAAAACCUGUUUGAAGUCUCAUGUAUUGUUGGUGUGGAUCGAAUGACUCAAUAGAGAGCAAUAUUGCACGGGGUUGAGUUGCUGAUUUUCAUUGUGAUACACGAGCGCUUGAGGCCGACUCAAGUUCUUCUGAGUUGUUUUUUUUUUUCCUUUUUAGGAUUUGGUUUUGUUUCGUUUUGGUUUUUGGUUUUUUUUUUACAGCUAAAUGAAUUCAGUGCUGUUUGAAACUUAGACUGACGUCAAAUGAAAAGGAUUAUUAAAGAAGAAAUAAAAAUCGAGGUGUUUAAAUGUUGCUGUUUUUACAAAGUCUGUUGCUGUCUGAAUGGAAAUAUUCCCCAAGUGAGGAGGAAUAGUUCCACUUAGCUUCCAAACGAGCUGAGCGCUCCGGGGCAGAGCUCGGUUAUUUGGAGAUCUCUUAGAGAUGUGUUUCUGCAACAUUCUUUUCAGAGUUGAUGCCAAGGCAGAAGACAAACUGUAACUGUAAGAAAGCAUCCGUUGCUUGAGGAUUUUCAUGUCAGUGUUGUAUUUAUGGUUUUACAAUA